CUCCUACUACCCGGCGUACGUGCCAAGCACCCUCAAGCCCACGGUGCCGCCGCUGACGCCGGAGCAGUACGAGCUGUACAUGUACCGCGAGGUGGACACGCUGGAGCUCACCCGGCAGGUCAAGGAGAAGCUGGCCAAGAACGGCAUCUGCCAGAGGAUCUUCGGGGAGAAGGUGCUGGGCCUGUCGCAGGGCAGCGUGAGCGACAUGCUGUCGCGGCCCAAGCCGUGGAGCAAGCUGACGCAGAAGGGCCGGGAGCCCUUUAUCCGCAUGCAGCUCUGGCUCACGGACCAGCUGGGCCAGGGCCUCAGCCAGCAGCCCCCGGCCUCGCAGGGCAGCCCCGCGGAGGCCCAGGCGUCCCCCUCGCCGCCACCCAGCCCCUCGGAGCAAGACAAGGGCACCCACGAGCCCCUCACCCUGGCCCUGGAGGGCAUGAGUGAUUUUAACACCGAUAAAAACGGUUGGGGAAGUAAAAGAGAAGCGGCCGCGCAAGCCCCCCCGCAGCGCAAACGUGACGCUUGGUGCCACGGUAAUCAUCCAUCACCCGGCGUGACGCACAGGUUCCUGCGGCCGGCCGCGCUUCCCCGAGGGAGCGGCGCCGGAGCCGGCCUCGUCGGGAAUGUGCGGCCUCGUCGGGAAUGUGCGGCCUCGUCGGGAAUGUGCGGCCUCGUUGGGAACACGCGGCCUCGCUGGGAGCACCGGCUGCUGUGCCGGCGCUCAGGAAGGGCUGCGCUCACAGAUACUCUCAUCUUUCAAACCACAUCCUGCUGGAGCGGCGCGAUCCCAGCCGGAGCGGCACGCUCGGCGCUCGCCUCUGCCCCAGGCUCUGUCCCCCGUGGGGGAUGUGUCAGCCCCUGUCCUCAAACGUUGUAUCCUGGGGCUGGUCCCCACACUGUGACCAGCGGGUGUACCCAGGGAGGCCAAGCCGCAGAGCCAGGGUGA